CUUUGUUUUUCCUUGCGCGAUUCCAAGUGCAUCCCCAGUGCCAGCCCGUGAAAACACCGUGAAGUGGACGCGGCGUCAUUGCAACUUUGUCUGCUGUUACUGUGGAACAGGUGAAGCUGGGGAGUUGAACAAAGCUUUGUCAAGGAUGGUUGGACGUGUGCAGUUCUGCUCUGGCUUUCGGGGGUGCGUGAAGGGCCUGUAGUCUGGUUUGUCGGGUUCAGAUAACAGAAUUCUGCUCGUUAUUUUAAUUUUUUAAAGGAUUCCAGACGGGAUGCCAGAGCGGGUUUUCAUCUCUAAGUGACACAGCUGUAGGCUAACCUAAGCGGAGUCUUAGCCUAUUCUUAUGCAAGAAUCAUUCAUCUCAAACUUCCAGAAAUGAAGGAAAAAUGCAAGAACGCGGCGAAGACGCGGCGAGAGAAAGAAAACGGAGAGUUUUAUGAGCUGGCGAAGCUGCUGCCUCUGCCUGCGGCCAUCACCUCCCAGCUGGACAAGGCCUCCAUCAUCCGGCUGACCAGCAGCUACCUCAAGAUGAGGGCAGUCUUCCCAGACGGUUUGGGUGAUGGAUGGGUUAAGUCAACAAGGUUCAGUCCUCUGGACAACAUGGCUAAAGAACUGGGUUCUCAUCUUUUACAAACUCUGGACGGCUUUGUGUUUGUUGUUGCCUCUGAUGGCAAAAUCAUGUACAUCUCAGAAACUGCAUCAGUCCACCUUGGCCUGUCCCAGGUAGAGCUGACAGGAAACAGUAUAUUUGAGUAUAUCCACCCAUCGGACCAUGAUGAGAUGACAGCAGUGCUGGGUCUUUGCCAACCCCCACGCCAUCACUUCUCUCCAGAGUAUGAAAUAGAGCGCUCCUUCUUCUUGAGGAUGAAGUGUGUUCUUGCUAAACGAAAUGCAGGACUUACAUGUGGGGGAUAUAAGGUCAUCCACUGCAGCGGCUACCUGAAAGUGCGUCAGUACAUGAUGGACAUGGCCCUGUAUGAAUCCUGUUAUCAGACUGUGGGUCUGGUGGCAGUUGGUCACUCCCUGCCCCCCAGUGGUAUCACCGAGAUCAAACUCCACAGCAACAUGUUCAUGUUCCGGGCCAGCCUGGACUUUAAACUAAUUUUCUUGGACACGAGGGUGGCAGAGCUGACAGGCUAUGAACCGCAGGACCUAAUCGAGAAGACUCUCUACCACCACGUCCAUGCCUGUGACAUUUUCCAUCUACGCUAUGCUCACCAUUUAUUACUGGUGAAGGGGCAGGUCACAACUAAGUACUACCGCAUGUUAUCAAAGCGUGGAGGCUGGGUGUGGGUGCAGAGCUAUGCUACCAUUAUCCACAACAGCCGCUCCUCCAGACCUCACUGUAUUGUCAGUGUGAACUACGUUCUGACUGACACUGAGUGCAAGGAGCUGCAGUUAUCUGAAGACCAGAGUCAAGCCACUAAGUCUGGUCUCAGUCUUACCUUCUCUCAAGACCACCGCAAACAACUCAGAAUCAAAGCAGUCAAGAUGAAGACCAAACUCAGAGCAGCUUCCUAUCCUGAGGUGGGACUUCGACUUUCACAGUUAUGAUAGAAAA